AUGCGGCGCUUCGACGAGCCAACCUCGCGGUUUUAUAUUUCGGAGCUCGUGCUCGUGCUUGAGUACUUGCAUGAAACACAGGACGGCAUCGCGUAUCGAGAUCUCAAGCCCGAGAACCUCUUAUUAGACAAGGACGGCCACAUCAAGCUGGUUGACUUUGGGUUCGCCAAAAGACUGGGCCGUGAUGGGGAUAAGCCUGGGGAGACUUAUACGCUCUGCGGGACGCCAGAGUAUCUUGCGCCAGAAGUGAUACAGAAUAAAGGUCAUACCACGGCGGUGGACUGGUGGGCGCUGGGGAUCCUCCUCUACGAAUUUCUUACUGGCUAUCCACCGUUCUGGCACCAAAACCCCAUGGAGAUUUACAAGCAGAUUGUCAACAAGCCCAUUGUAUUUCCUAGCGAACCGGCGCUCUCACCAGAAUCCAAAGAUCUCAUUUCCCAGUUCUGUAUUGUCGAUAGGUCAAAGAGACUAGGGAAUAUCAGCGGCGGUGCAGGACGGGUCAAGGAACACGCCUUCUUUCGAGAAGUUAACUGGGACGAUGUUGCCAACCGGCGCAGCAAGGGACCGAUUGUUCCUCCGAUCAAAGCGGCGGACGAUGCACAGUGCUUUGACCGGUAUCCCGAGGAUGAUGGAAACCACAGCUCAUUCACAGAUGAGAUGGCGGAGAAAUAUGAUCAUUACUUUGCAGAUUUCUAA